AUGCUUAGGCAGCACAUAGAGGUGUUUGGGUGGACACUGCGGAAGCGGAACACGUUUUCCAGGGGUUGUGUGUACAUGAAAAAGUCUCUAGACCUGAAUGUUCCUGUUCUGGGCUGCAGCGUGUAUUGCAGUGAGAACUGUACUACCCCACAAUGCUGUAAAGGCUUUUUUGGAUCAGACUGUUCCCCUUCGCCUGGAUUCACUGGAUUCACUGCCCCCUGCUCCUCUCAUGGCAUGUGCUUCGAGGGUAUAGAUGGCAAUGGCACUUGUCAGUGUGAGCCCAACUUCAAAGAGUCCCAUUGCCAGUACUGUGCUGACCCCAACAAAUACGUCCCAUCCUGUGACCAAACCUGCGGGUGUGUGCAGGGCGUGUGUGACAACCGCCCAGAAGCCCACGGCACGUGUAAGUCAGGCUCCUGCAAGCCAGGUUUCUCUGGGCAGCUCUGUGAUAAGCACACCCAGACCUGCGGGCCCAAGCAGCCGUGCCACGCCCAUGCUGACUGUGUCUACAGCGAAGGAGAGCUCAUGUGUGUGUGUAAGCUCUGUUUCAAAGGGAAUGGCUUCCUGUGUGUAGAGAGCGACCCGUGUACUUCACCUCCCAACGGAGGCUGCAGUAACAACGCUAGGUGUAUAAAAACUGGACCAGGCACCCGUAGGUGUUGGUGUCUGAAGGGGUGGAAAGAGGAUGGAGAUGAAUGCCAGCCUGUCAAUAACUGUGUGGAGCCCUCUAGAGGCGGGUGCCAUCCUAACGUGUCAUGCGUCCACGUAGGCCCAGGACAGAAUUACUGUAUGUGCAAGAAGAAUUACCAUGGCAAUGGGAAAGAUUGUGAGGCUAUCAAUCAGUGUGUAGAGCAAAUGGGAGGAUGUCAUCAGCAUGCUUCUUGCUUGUAUGGGAAUCAAGGGAGGUUUGAGUGUGUAUGUCAGAUGGGUUAUUCAGGAGAUGGGAGCAUCUGCUAUGGAACCCUGGCACAGGAAGUGGAAAACAAUCCUGAUCUGAGUGAAUUCAAUACGUGGUUGACUGUCCUCAGGAGUCACAUGGUUUCUGGGUUCUUUGCUUUGGCUGAGCUCCGGAGUUCACCUUCUCAGGAACUAGUUUCCCUUUUGAAAAAGACACUUCCUGUUUCCUGGACGAAUGAGACCACCAGAGUGGCUGGAGCUAAAAUUGUAUCAGGGAACAUUGUUGCCAAGAAUGGAUUCAUUCAUCUGAUCGACACAGUUCUCAUCUCUGAUCGUAAGAUGAGCGAAGGUUUACUUGAGGUGCUGAACCAGAGACCACAGUUCUCUCUCUUCAGGGACAUGCCAGUCUCUCACAACUUGACUGAGGAAAUGGAGAGCGCCUCUGGUUUUACAUUGUUCGCACCUAUGGACAGUGCUAUUACUGAAUAUCUGAAGAACACCAGUGACCUGAAUGUGACGCGUUACCACGUUGUGCUGGGUGACACCCUGAGGCAGGCAGACCUGCAGGAUGGCCUGUACAAAGACACCAUGCUGGGUUUCUCCUAUCAGAUAGGCAUUUUCUGCAAAGACAGUAAUUGGUGGGUGAAUAAGGCUCUGGUGACUGCUACGGACAUUUUGACUUCUAAGGGGGUCAUCCAUGAAGUGUCUGCUGUACUGAAGGUGCCCAGGAACCGCUGUGACACAGCGUCCACCAAGAUCGUCCAGGGGCAGUGCGUGGACUGCUUUCACCCAACCGAGAGCCGUUGUCCCCCUGGAACCCAGCAAGUAUUCACGUCCAUAAAAAGGACCAAAUGUGCAUAUAGCAGGAGGAAACACGGGAUGUUCAUUGGCUGUGAGGCUUCCUGUCAAAAACGGACCAUCGUAAGGAAGUGUUGCGAGGGCUUUUAUGGUGUUAACUGUGAGAGCUGUCCAGGGCCAGAAGGCCAGCCCUGUUUUGAUAACGGUGUGUGUGUGGACGGUAUUAAUGGUACAGGAGCGUGUCGGUGCAACCCUGGCUUUAACGGCACAGCCUGCGAGUCCUGCCAGACGGGAAAGUACGGCAUCCACUGUGACCAAGACUGUAAGUGUGUGAAUGGUCACUGUAAUGAUGGUCAGGAGGGGGAUGGCACCUGCGAAUGUGACGUUGGAUGGAGAGGAACACUCUGCUCUAUAGCCAUAACCACAGACUCAUAUAAAGGGACGUGCCACACCAGUGCAAAUUGUCUACUGAACGUAGCAGAUAAUUCAUAUUACUGUAGAUGUGCAGCUGGUUACCAGGGCAACGGUACAUACUGCUCGGCGGUGAACGCUUGCGCGAAGGAUAAUGGCGGAUGCUCCUCCAGCGCUGUGUGUAAGAUAACUAUCCCAGGACGCAGGAAGUGUGUGUGUAACCCAGGUUAUGCAGGGGAUGGAAAAGUGUGUGUGUCAAUCAAUCCAUGUCUGGACGGUAGUGGAAGCCGCAGUGCCUAUGCAGACUGUGUACACACAGGCCCAAACAAGACAGCAUGUGUGUGCAAAGCAGGCUACUCUGGAAAUGGACAGCAGUGUAAUCCUAUCAAUUUGUGUUACAAGAAAAAUGGAGGCUGCCACAAGCAAGCCAUCUGUAUGAUGAAAGGACCAGGCGAGAGGAACUGCACCUGUCGCAAGGACUACAUGGGAGAUGGGAUGACCUGCAAAAGUAACGUCAUGCAGGAGCUCCGAAACAGAGAGCUGACAAGUUUCUUCUACAGUGUGUUAUACCAGAAGCCAGAGAAUAAAGAGAGCAACGCAGCGCUGGUCCUGUACCACAUCGUGUCAUGCCGUAUCCUGAUGCUGGAGGACCUGAUGCAGCCCCGUAUCCUCACCACGCUCAGCGGGGAAACGCUCACCAUCUCCUACUCGGAGGGCUCGAUAUAUAUCAAUAACAAGGCCAAAGUGGUGUACAGCGCAGCGAGCAACAACGGGAUUUUCCACGAGAUCGACACGGUUCUCAUCCCCCCCAGCUUCCAGAAGCUGAAUGGAAUGAAUAAGUCUGCCAGCCUCGUAGGUCCUGACCUCAAACAUGUAGCAAAUGAACACGGCUUCAAGACAUUUUUCAAACUGUUGGAGGACACGGAGGUGAUGGAGCGGGUGCAGGACCGCCUCCAUCAGCCUGUCACGCUCUUCCUCCCCACCGACUCCACCAUGGCUGCCCUGCCUGAGGAGCAGAAGGACUUCCUGUUCGGCCUGCAGAACUGCGCCCAGCUGAAGGAGUACCUGGAGUACCAUGUCCUCCAUGAUAUGAAGAUGCAGUCUGCAGAAAUGAUUCAUUUCAGUUCAAUGAAGACCCUUCAGGGCUCUGACAUCUCUGUGAGCUGCGUCGGAGAGGACCAAAUAGUGAGUGAUGGAAAAGUCUUGGACUCAGGAGAGGAGCUUCAGGAGAGAAAGGACCAAUCAGGGAACAGAGAGCACUUUCCAAUCUUGUCAUCUGAAUGCAUUUCAAUAAGUAAACCAAAGUCUAUACAGAGGUGUGACCUACCCAGACGCUUCUCAUCUGUGAAUGCUGGAUGUCAGUCUGUGUGCACCAUGGUCAUAUGGAAGCCCAAGUGCUGCUCAGGUUACUACGGCAGGGAUUGUCUCGCCUGUCCUGGAGGGCCAAGAUCCCCCUGUAGUAACCAUGGACAGUGUGAUGAGGAUCACCUAGGCAACGGCACCUGCACAUGUUUUCCUGGGUACCAGGGAGUGGCCUGAGAAUUAUGCAUAGAUGGCCACUUUGGACCAGAGUGCAAAGCCUGUAACUGUUCUGAACAUGGAUCUUCUGAUGAGAGUCCAGACGGCACAGGUUCCUGCUUCUGUGAUGAGGGCUGGACUGGUCCACUGUGUGAACACAAGCUGGCCGACAGCACUGUGCGCGUCCCUGCUUGCCAUGCAAAGGCGGUGUGUGCCAAGAACAACUCCUGUGUUUGUAAACCAUUUUACGAGGGAGGCGGGCUCACCUGCACAGUGGCUGACCUGUGUUGGUUCUGGAAUGGAGGCUGCUCGAAGAAUGCCAAAUGCUCCCAGAAGGACGAGAAGGUGAACUGCACCUGCUUGACGGGCUACUCUGGAGACGGCCAUGUCUGCUCGCCGGUGGACCCCUGUGUUACAGAUGAUAACGGAGGCUGUCACGAGCAUGCCAUCUGUACAAUGACUGGAGCAAAUAAGAAGAAGUGUGAGUGUCAGCCUAACUACAUUGGUGAUGGUCUGGAGUGUGAGCUGAAGGUGCACAGCUCUCUCCACAUGAGUGUUCAAAACAUGGCCUCAGGCUAAAUGUGUAAUCUACACUUUAUCUGCUUUACCUCAGAUAAGACCGUUGGGGUCUUCCACUACCGUUCUCCACUGGGAGUGUACAAACUCAACUACACACAGGCCCAGGAGGCCUGCAAGCAGGAGGGAGGCACUAUUGCUACAUACACACAACUGUCCUACGCUCAGCAGGCUGGGUACAGUCUGUGUUCUGCCGGGUGGCUCGAGCAGGAGCGCGUGGCCUAUCCCAUGAGCUAUUCCCACCUCAAAUGUGGCUUUGGUCAUGUGGGCAUCGUGGACUACGGCAAACAAACUGACCUGAGCAGGACCUGGGACACGUUCUGCUACCGGCCAAAGGAUGUGAAAUGUGAGUGUAAGAUGGGCUACAUUGGUGAUGGAUACACUUGCACUGGAAACCUGCUACAGGUUCUCUCCUCCAAGCCCAACUUUUCCAACUUUCUGUCACAAAUCUUGAAUUGCUCCAGAACUUCAGCAUCAGGUCAAGAGUUUGUGAGGCGUCUCAGCAACAUAACCACCCAGUCCACCCUGUUUGUGCCUGAUAAUGACGGUCUCUAUGAGAACGAGACACUGUCCUACAGGGAUUUAGAGCACCACCUGCUGGAUGGGAGAGCUCUGGUGCUGCAAGCUCUCAUUAACGUCAGCCAUGUUCGAACACAUCUGGGACAUACACUCAGUGUGAAAGGGGUUCCUAGCCUGCAGAGCCCCCAGACACUGGCUUCAUUUGGAUAUGUCAAUGACCAUUACAUUAUCGAAUCCGACAUUUUUGCAUCCAAUGGGAUCAUCCAUGUGCUGCAUGGACCACUGAAAGCUCCACCCCCUCCGGCCCCUUCCCUCCACCCCGCCCACAAGGCAGGGAUGGGCAUCGGUGUUCUGUUACUCGUCAUCCUUAUCGUGGCUGGAGCAUUUGUGGCCUACCAUUUCUACACCCAGCAAUCCAAGCCUUUCCAGUUCCACUACUUCAAGGAAGAUGAGAAUGAAGACAGCAGCCCUUCUGGAUCAGCCCCGUACAUCUCCAACCCCACGUAUGAGUCCACACCUGCCCCCACUGACCCCCACCUCCCAGCAGAUGAGGAUGACGAGCAGCAGAUGGUUGCCAGUGGCUCUUAUGAUCUUCUGCAGGAUAGCUGAAGAGAUGUGGGAUCUCACUCAGACACUCUCCGUACAGCUCAGAGCCUGAACUGCUGUAGAGCAGCAGGACACUCAAGUGCUGCAGUACCUUAGCAGACCAUAAGAGGGCCGAAGAAAAAAAAGAAGGGCAUUGAAGGGCAGUUUCAUAAAGCUGAAUUGAAAUGAACUGGACAUUGACGACCCAGUAAAAUGGGAAGUACUUUUGUGAUUGUGUGUAAAACUGUUUAUGUCUCUGUGUGCAUGUGUUGUGUGGUUGAAUGUUUACAUGUUUGUUGGCCUUGAUUAUUCCUUUGGUAGAACAAGUUUAUGUUCAUGUUACCACUACAUGCACAAAUAAACAAACAAAAGCAUUU